AUGUCAGGAGUGAUCGAGCACUUCUGCGAGCUAACAGGCUGUGAUGUAUACACUGCUAAGUCUUUCUUGGAUGCCAAUGAUGGGAAUUUGCAGAUGGCCGUGGACCUUUUUUUUGCGAGUAGGACCUCUCAGAUUUCCUCGUCCGAACAUUCUACAUCGCAGCCUGCGGUCUUCCGUGAAGCUGUCAGAAAAUCUGACUCCUCUGACGCAAACAACAACGCACCGUCUUCUUCGUCUGACAAUCUCGACACCGUGGAUCGUUCACUAGGAAAACUACCACCGUUUAACAAGAAGAGGACCACCCUGGAACAGUUAUUUGCACCUCCGUAUGAACUCAUGUACGGUGGUACCUUGCGACAAGCUAUGGAAGCGGCACGUGGCCGGCAGAAGUGGAUUUUGAUUAGCCUUUACGACGACUCCUGCUUCGACUGCCGUGUGCUCAACCGGGAUGUGUGGAAGGACUAUCGUAUUAUUAAUUUCAUCAGAAAGAACGUGAUUUUCCUUCAGUUGAACAUCAAAUCACCUGAUGGGACGCUGUACCGAAGUCGUUUCACCUACAUAGAUUCAGCGACUCAUAUUGCGUUUCUGAAUCCAUUUACGGGAGAACAGAGGAUUUUCUGGAAUCACCUUAAAACUCCUUGCGAGAUACUGAGUGUUUUAUCGAAGUUCCUAUUGGCUCACCCGACUCCCCCGAGCUUGGAUGCUGAUAUAUCUAAGACCAACGCGUUCACCACCGUUGCCAGUGUAUUUGGAUCGCACCUUCAGUCUGCCCCUGCUGAAAUGGGAUCGUUUGAACCCUCUGGACUGGGGUCUACUUAUUUCUCAUUGAAGACUCAUCGGUUCAAGGCUGCCAAUGGCACCUCUUCCUCAGUUUCGUCGUCAACGUCCGCAUAUGGCUCUACUAUCGACACUUCUCCCGAAGCACCAACGGUCGCUCCAUCAACCUCAUCUAGUUUCACAAAUACGGCUAAGCAUUCUCUCGCCUUGAAGCGCAGAAACGUCGAUGCGUCCUCUGGAGCUGGCCCGUCGAAACGUUCGUUGGUAGAGGACGAUGCUGAUUCCUUGUGUUUUGUCGAUCUCGUUUUGGAGGAAGACGAUGAGGAGGAUGCUAGGAUCCUUUACAAGGAGGCUGACUCUCCGAUUAUGGAAGAAGAUCAGUCUGCGCUACCAUUAAAUGCGUUGCCUCCGGUGACAGAUCCCUCCAACGCCUUUCGAGUGGCCCUGCGUUUUCCUUGUGGCCGGAGAACUGUGUUGAACCUGGAGCCCAGUCUCCGUUUACAAUCGCUAUUCUCCUAUCUCAAGUCGGAAGGUUAUCCUUCCUCCACGUUUGAGCUAAUUCGAGUGCAUCCACGGCUUCGCUUAAACGACCUACCUCUCAUGAGUCGCAUUGAUGAGAUUGGGCUGGCAAAAUCCGAUUCCUUAUUCGUUCAGGACAUUUAA